AUGGACACCGACUGUCGCUCCAAGAGUACGACAAUAGUGCAGCGCGUCAGAGUGUUCAUGCUUGGGGAUGAAGCCCAAAGCAAAGAAGAACGAUGGCUUGUUCAGAAGCUCGAUUUCUUCAUCUUGGUAUAUUGCUGUUUGAGCUACUUCUUCAACUACCUUGACAGAGCUGCUUUUGCAAAUGCUUACGUUGCGGGGUUAAAGGAAGACAUCCAUCUAGAAGGCAGCAACUACAAUGUGGUGCUGGCGAUGUUCACGGCUGGCUCCGUGAUUGGACAAAUACCACACGGGGUUAUUAUCCAAAAGAUCGCGCCCCGAAUAUGGCUGCCAUCUAUGGUGCUGGUCUGGGCCGGGUUGACCAUGUGUACUGCGGCAUGCACAACCUACGCCCAGUUAUGUGUUGUACGUUUCCUGCAGGGGCUUGCUGAAGCUAGCACAUAUAGUGGAACAAUUUACAUUAUUGGGUCUUGGUAUAAGCCCCGGGAGAUAGCCAAGCGUACUGCCAUCUUCACAGCAUCUGGUCAGGCCGGCUCCAUGUUCGCAGGCAUCAUGAUGACAGCCAUCUAUAAUGGGAUGGGGGGAUAUUCCCUGAAAGGUUGGCAGUGGGUGUUCCUCAUCAAUGGGAUCAUCACGUGUCCCAUCGCGGUCAUGGGCUUUUUCUACUUCCCAGAUACCCCAGAGCUUACUCGAGCGCCGUGGCUGAACAAAUCGGAGCGCCAACUUGCUCUACUACGACUCCCACCCAAGAAGGCCGAUGGACACGACAUCAGCCCCUGGUCUUUGGCAGCGCGAACGCUCUCCUCGCCAGCGCUGUACAUCCUGUGUCUCUUCGCGGUCGUCACAGGAGCUUUGGAAGCAUUCGUUGUGCAGAACCUGUUCCUUCUCUGGCUGAAGUAUCAUCAGGAUCAUUUCAGCCAAACUCAGAUCAACACGAAUCCUCUCGGAAUACAAGCAGUAGGUAUCGUGUCGAAUUUCCUGGCUGCGGUCCAUAUCGAUGCGACAGGACGGAGAGUUCCCAUGGGGAUUGUUGUUUGUGUUUUUCAACUGACAUCGGCUGUCAUACUCUUGAUACCCAGUGCCCCCUUCGCAGCAACCUUUUUCGCCUACUACUUAUCCGGAACUUCCUAUAUGGUAAACCCAGUUUCUUUCGGCUGGGCAAACAUCAUCUGCCAGCGCGGGGGAGACGACGCAGUCCGGGCAAUCAUCCUUUACUGCAUGAAUGCGGCCUCCACAUGCUUGUACACCUUUUGGGGAAUUGCUCUUUAUCCAGCUUCGGACGCACCAUACUGGAAAAGAGGCUCGAUCGCCAUGAUCGUUGUGGUAUUUGCCAUGCUGGUAAUGGUUUGGGUUGUACACAGACUGGACGAGAAGACUCUCGCUCAGUACCCGGAUACAGCUGUUCGUGACCUCCCCGAGGAUUCGAUCGGAGACGACACAAUACUUGAGACAAGGUCAGACGAUGAACUCGAUGAUCCCAUAGGACCACACCAAAGAUUACUGAUGGAUUUUCCGGAUUAUAGGCACACCGAGGAUCCGACACGAAAGAGGCGACAUGCGUCCCAGGCGGAUUUAUGA